ACGUAUUGCUCACCCGACAGUCGCGUACGUGUUCUGUACGUAUGUGUUUCUAUAUAGACACACUGCGUGUUCUUGUGUGCGGCAGUCUACUCAGAACGCGUGAGGUGUAAGACGCUCGCAGGAAUUUGGAAAUAAAUACUGUGGUCUUAUUAGGAAAAUCAUUUCCUUAUUCUGACAACAAGGAAAAGAUCAAGUGCGCAUGUAAUAUCUCUUUUCCCCUGGAAUUAUACAUUUGUGGUGCUGUAGGACCGACUGAGUGAAUCCCUCGCCCCAUCCCACAACCGUCACGCGCUGUAGCAAGGGUUGUUCCCUUGUUACGCACCCCCAACCGUCACACGCUGUAACGAGGGUUGUUCCCUUGUUACGCUCCCACAAACGUCACUCGCUGAAACGAGGGUUGUUCCCUUGUUACGCUCCCACAAACGUCACACGCUGUAACGAGGGUUGUUCCCUUGUUACGCUCCCACAACCAGCACACGCUGUAACGAGGGUUGUUCCCUUGUUACGCUCCCACAAACGUCACACCCUGUAACGAGGGUUGUUCCCUUGUUACGCUCCCACAAACGUCACACGCUGUAACGAGGGUUGUUCCCUUGUUACGCACCCCAAACCGUCACACGCUGUAACGAGGGUUGUUCCCUUGUUACGCUCCCACAAACGUCACUCGCUGUAACGAGGGUUGUUCCCUUGUUACGCUCCCACAAACGUCACACGCUGUAACGAGGGUUGUUCCCUUGUUACGCUCCCACAACCAGCACACGCUGUAACGAGGGUUGUUCCCUUGUUACGCUCCCACAAACGUCACACGCUGUAACGAGGGUUGUUCCCUUGUUACGCUCCCACAAACGUCACACGCUGUAACGAGGGUUGUUCCCUUGUUACGCACCCCAAACCGUCACACGCUGUAACGAGGGUUGUUCCCUUGUUACGCUCCCACAAACGUCACUCGCUGUAACGAGGGUUGUUCCCUUGUUACGCUCCCACAAACGUCACACGCUGUAACGAGGGUUGUUCCCUUGUUACGCUCCCACAACCAGCACACGCUGUAACGAGGGUUGUUCCCUUGUUACGCUCCCACAAACGUCACACGCUGUAACGAGGGUUGUUCCCUUGUUACGCUCCCACAAACGUCACACGCUGUAACGAGGGUUGUUCCCUUGUUACGCUCCCACAAACUUCACACGCUGUAACGAGGGUUGUUUCCUUGUUACGCACCCCCAACCAUCACACGCUGUAACGAGGGUUGUUCCCUUGUUACGCACCCACAAACGUCACACGCUGUAACGAGGGUUGUUCCCUUGUUACGCACCCCCAACCGUCACACGCUGUAACGAGGGUUGUUCCCUUGUUACACUCCCACAACUAUCACACCUUGCAACGAGGGCUGUUACCUUGUUACACCCCCCCCCCCCCGCAUCCAUCACCUCCACCCCCAUCCACCACACAACCACAUGGCUCCCCAGCACGGAACCGGCCUGGCUGUGCGCUCUAUGGUCCGCAUUCCCGGAAGUGGCUGGGACCGAUCUGCGGGUGCAGUCUGCUGCGACUUCUCGAAGGUGUCGACCCUGGCUGCCUCCGCCGUCACGCCGCAGCCGCUGCCUCUGCUUCACCAAAGGCUCUCCUCGCGGCCCUCUCUUGCAGCCUCCAACAUGGACAAGCUGACUGCUGGCGAGGCACAGAAGGUCUGUGAGGAAGUGGCAAGGGGCUCUCGGAAGCGGGCCCUUGAGGACACCCGUCUGACUUCCGAGUCGUCGAGUUCUAAGGUUGUCAGGGCGUCGAGCGUGACUCCGUCGGGUGUGGCGAGAGCUGCGAAUCCGCCGAGAGUUCAGGAAAGAACAGCAACCCCGUCCGCCACGCAAGUUAUCAUGAUUCGCCCGGUUCAGCAGGUGCCAUAUUUAAACAAGCAAAUGCAGUCUGUGCCUACGCUACAAGGAACACUACAUGGGCGCCCCGUUACGCUUAUACCCGUUACCCAUCUGGCCGGAGUUCCCUUGUCCUCUGCUGUAUUGGGCAGACCGUCGUCGUCGCCGUCGCCAUCGCCGUCGCCUUCAAAUGCAGCAAGUCGACCGACGGUUCCCAUCUCGGCAAGGAGACCGGCUGUAGGCAACAGCGCAGAGGAAAUUCAACCUGUGCACUCAGGUGUAAUUCUUCAGACAGCUACAACAGAAUCCCUCCAGCGUGUUUCUGUAGCUGAAUCGUCCAUCCGGACUCUACUGGAGGAAUCACAGCAGCUCCGGCGACAAAAUGCAGUGCUAAACCAACGAUUAUCACACUACCAAGAAAUAUUUUCUGACGGCCAGAGACUCCGGAGAGAAAUGAGUACUUUAGGAAUUCAGGUGUACUAAUAGAUAAAUUAUUAUAGUAAAUUACUUAAUAUUUCGUUGGUAUUUCCUUCCCUUUUAACCUGCAGUAAAAAUGUGCGUUUUUAUAAAAUGGUAGAAAAUGAAGUAAUGAAAUACAAGAAAAAGAGAAAAUUUAAACCAAAGAAACGCAAACGUACACACACACACACACACACACACACACACACACACACACACACACACACACACACACACACACACACACACAUACAUACAUACAUUCAUACACACACACACACACACACACACACACACACACACACACAGACAUACAUAUGUAUUAAUAGAAACACACAUACAUACAUAUAUAAACACAUAGACAUCUAUAUUGUAAAAUAUGUUAUCUUACUUAUGAUGGAUGUUCUGCAAUCAUUAUUUACUUUUUCGUAAUCUUAUUGUAUCCACUGUGAACCAUGAAAACUUACGAAGUUUUAGUGUAUGAUUUUUACAUUUAUCUACGUAUAUGUAUGCACAUAUUAACCCAAAGGAUAAAAUUGGUUACUUUUAUCAGCCUUGUUCAAGUCGAGUGAUCUUCCCCAUAUUUACACUUUCAACCUUUAGCAGAUUUCAAUGUUUAAUUAUAAUUAACCCUGCUCUUAGUCUAUUGUCCCCUCAAAUUAUGAGAAUUAUAUGUGGCUUGUCUUGUAAACUCUAAAUAUUAUGGGAAAAGCAUUUGCACUUUUCCUCAAUGCAUGUUACUCGAGUUAACAGCUUAAACGCUAGUUAGGCUUAAAAGAUGCAGGUACAAGCAAAUUGUCGAUAGUGGUGUUAGCAUCUGUCUUAGUGAAAUAAAAUUUGUUUGCACUUGG